UCGAGAUCAGAAAAUGUAUGUAUUGACGUAAGUUUCAAUUCAUUCAAAAGGUAAAAGGAGGGGAGGGGAGAAAUGUAAGGCCCCGAGAGUGGUCGGACCUGGAAGCCAGAUGAAGUCUGAAAGUGCCCCGCGUGCUCGCCUUUAUCGAGCAUGUCCAUGUACUAUUAGUAUUCGCGGGAACGAGUAGCUUGCUGCACGUUUUUCAUCAGCGAGCGUCGAUCGUUUAGAACAGGGACUUUAUCAGACAAGUUCUUUUCGCGAAAUCCCUGCGCUUCAUUGCGUUUGUUAUAUUUUAUCUGUCGUUUCCUAACGAAUUCUAAGGAUCGUUUUGCGAGGAUCGACAACUCUUUGCAAUUUUUUACGAUAGUGAUAAUCCAAAACUGGAUCAACGAGAAUGAAGAUUGCCACUACAUUAUUUCUCUUCGUGGUUGUUGGAUGUACAUGGCGAGAGGCGCUAGGCACAUGUGUUUUCCAGUCUGACUUUGGUUUUGUGCUAAACUGCGCUUUCAAAAAGUCCGGUCUCUUCCGUGUCAGAAAUCUCGGAGGCGUAAAGGGUUACGUCGGCCUGGGAUUUUCCAUUGGAGACGAGCUAGGCUUUAGCCAAUCGCUCUCCAAUUUGGAAAGUGCAAAAAGAAGAAGUGUACAAUCGAAUAGAGUUAACGGAAUAGCACUUAAUCCUUUGAAUGCGGCAAACAAUCGCGAUGACACGCGUGUAAGUUCAGUAAAUACUCGCCAAGUAGUGCCGCCUUUUAAGCCUUUGCCGAUUGGAAUGGUUCGACCAAUGACUCAGCAACCCGAACGUCAGAAAUUGGUGGUGAACGCUACCGCUCUUAAAACGGCUCCAGUGAUGUCGGUUAUGCAACAAGAAGCACUACGCCAACAUCAUCAACGAAUUCAUCAGGAAAACAAGCUCAAGCAGCAACAGAGACUACAACAGGAGGCGUUAGCAGUACAGAUGUUGAAACAGCAACGUCUGCAGCAACAAGAGGCUAUGAGGCAGCAACAAAUUCAAAAGAUGCAGCAACAGCAGAAACAACAGCAGCAGCAGCAAAUGCUCAUGCAGCGACAGCAGAUUAUGGCUAUGGAAAACAAGAAGGACCAAGUAGUUGUGCCACAAAUGAUAGCGGUGGCAGGAACGGUGCCGAAAUUACCUAAUAUCAUCGCCGCAAUCCCAUCGAACAGUAUGGUUGAGGCUGAGGUUCUUCCAUCGUCACAAUCAUCAAAGACAAUGUCUAAUUUGGUUACAUCAAACGCUGGUUUGCCACCUUUUAUUGCGAUGCCGCAAUCAUCAGCGAAACUCACAGAUAGAAUCAGUAACAGUGGCACUUUGCAGGAUUCCGACAAUGAAGUAUCGAAAGAUGAUUUCACUCAGCUACCUUUGCCGAGUGACGAGAUGGCUGCUUCAGUUAACGAAAUGACUCUCCUUUCUCUUCAUCCUAUUUCUGCAACUGACGCUAGUCAAUCAUUGCCUCUUCAACAAAACGAAAAGCGACAAUCUUUGCCCAAUAAUUUACCUUCCUUAGCUCCUAUUCAAGGAAUGGAAUCUUCCUUAAAAACCCUCGCAGAAGCAAGCAAUAUUACCCUAGAAGCUUUAGAAGCAGCAAUUCUUUUGAGACAACAACAGCUUCUCAAAAAGCAACAAGGACCUACAACAAGUAUCAGUACAACCACAACAACGACAUUAGCACCUUUUAAAAAUAAAUAUAAUUCUGGAGCUACUAAAGUGAUGAAUGCGCCGCGGGAAUAUUAUCCUGUUGGAUAUGAUAAGAACUUUGAUGAUAAUUUCGCAAGUCGUGUCGAUUUACCAGACACAAGUUUCUAUUGCGGAGAUCAAAAACAUUUCCCGGGUCUUUAUGCCGAUGAAGAUCUAGGAUGUAUGGUGUUUCAUGUUUGCGCCUUGACGGACGAUGGCCUAAUCAUGAAGAGUUUUCUGUGCCCCGAAUCGACAUUGUUUGAUCAAACGAUUCUGAAAUGCAACUGGUGGUUUUACGUAGAUUGUAAAGCUUCAAAGAGUUUAUAUGACAGCAAUAUACCCAUUAGCAAGAGCUAUCAGCUAAUGAAGGCCUUGGCGUUCUUCUCAGCGUACAAAAAUCACGACAACGGUACAAACAACGCGCAGGAGAACGAAGAUAACUCUUGAAUCAAGCAGCAGAUUAAUCAAAGAGAGAUUCGUAGAAUCAUAAGCUCAAUAUUCAAUAUGGAAACUAUUUUGUUUCCGUGAUGCAACUUCUCAUCUAGUUUAAAGAUUUAUUUUAUCUGUAUAUACAUAUAUA